CUCUCAUUACCCACCAAGAAUAUUUGGAUUAAAUUGAAACAGCUUCCGAUUCCCUCACAAUUCUGAACUCAUUUUCUUCGUUGCUUCAUAUUCCUCUUUCCUGUUCUUCAAUUUUCUCAUCUCUCCUUCUUCCUUCUCCUAAUCGCUACUGCAACAGGAUCACGGAUAAGUUUCCAGGAUUCCUCUCAUCUGUUUCGGAAGAAUGUCUCGUGUUCGGAAUUUCAGCUCUCAUGGAGGAAUGGCUAAUGAUGAUUACUGGAUCACCAUGAAUCGAUAUGAUGUCAGAAACCCCCAUCAGAUGACAAGUAGGAGCAAUUAUUAUGAUUAUGGCUAUAGCAACCAUUUUGAAUUCUCAGGACAGUAUAAAGAGCCGGUUGAUAGGUCUAUUUAUGCGAGGCCUGAUAUCUCAAACUACAUCAGGCCUCAUAACUCUCAGUCCUUUAAAAGGAGGAAGUUUUCUGCUUCACGUUGGGAGGAUAGUGGGAGGUACCAUUGGCAGGCACGGACAUAUGAUCAUGGACCUUCAAUCUAUAGCAAUUUGGUCCAUCCUCCUCCAAGAUCCAACAAUGAUGUCUCUACAUCUGCCAGCUGUAAAAGAGAUCGCUCAAUAAUGGAAGAUGAUGAGCCUUCUUUCAUGUCCAGGGAUGAGAUUGAGAGAUGUUCACCUUCAAGAAAAGAUGGUAUUGACACGCUACGUGAAACACAUCUGCGGUACACAUAUUGUGCCUUCCUUCAGAGUCUUGGUUUGCACCUUGAGUUACCCCAGACUACCAUUGGCACUGCAAUGGUUCUAUGCCAUCGGUUUUUUGUUCGAAGAUCACAUGCUUGUCAUGAUAGAUUUUUGAUUGCCACUUCUGCACUCUUCCUUGCUGCAAAAUCCGAGGAGACACCACGACCUUUGAACAAUGUCUUGCGAGCUUCAUCUGAAAUUCUGCACAAACAGGAUUUUAAUCUCUUAUCUUACAAGCUUCCUGUUGAUUGGUUUGAACAAUAUCGUGAAAGAGUAACAGAAGCUGAGCAAUUGAUACUGACUACUCUAAACUUUGAACUCAACGUUCAACAUCCCUAUGCUCCUCUUAUGUCUGUUCUUAAUAAGAUAGGUCUUUCACAGUCCAUGUUGGUGAAUCUUGCACUGAACUUGAUCAGUGAAGGUCUAUUUAGCAAGCAUGUCCUUGCAAUUGUGAAAAGUAGGUCAAUGAUGUAACAUUAAGAAUUAGAUUUGGGAUAUGUGGGUGCAAGAACCUCAAUGGAAUGACAAAUUUCUUGAAUUUUGGCGUUCAUUGUGGCACAAAAGAGGAUGAUGCACUGGUGAUCUUCUUUCCCCUCUAGGGAUCAAAAUGGUGUGUUACUUGUGUCAAUUAUUUUUUUGUUAGAACAAGCUACACUUACACAUUUAUCCUACUGUGGAUUAUUGAUUCUUCUGGCGUGCAUAUAAUUUGCAGGAUCUAUGCUAGCAUGCUCGCCUAUUUGAUAUACUUAUCUGGCGGAUUGAUAUGCUGUUCUUCGAAACUUAUGUUUUACAAGUGAAGUAAAUUUAACCAUGAAUAAACCCCAUCGACUUGGUACUUGGUGCUAAUGAUUGCCAAUGAGCCUGCUGGAUCACUUUCUAUCCUUUCUUAACAAGAAUAUAUAGUUUUCCUCCUCUCCCUGGAGCGUGCUCUCUAGGCCGCCAUUAAUUUGCCUAUACCUUGAAAGAAAUGGAGUCAUUUCCUUAUGAACUUUUUGACUCAGAAAGGCCUUUGUGUGGAAUUGAAUCUGCUAUCCAUUACCUUUAUAACCUAGAGAACCGCUGCCAAUGAUUUUGGCUUUGUUCUUAUUUCCCAAUGACGGAUGGUCAAGUGAGUCUGGUAGAGAAUUUUUUCUGAUCAACCUCUUUGGAUGAACAUCUAUCUAGCACAGAAUAAGUCACAAUAUGGAUUUAGAUCUAUUAUAAAAAAAAAAAUUUGGUCUUUCUUUUCAAGAUUCAAGUGGUCCAUAUGACUCAAAAAUCAUGUCUAGUCACCAGGUUCUUGAUGUUCUAUUAGCAUGCAUACAAGUAAGCAGCCUUUCAGUUGAAAACUUAAAUUUGGGCCUACGUAUGUUUGUAAGUUGUUUAUUUUUCUGAUUGCUGUCUAUGCUUGGUGAAUUAUCAUUUGGUAUUUUCUGUUAAUCAUUUUGAGUCGGGGAGGGUGGAACUUAAAAUGUGGCGUUACUAUAACUGGUUCAGGAUGGGCUGAUUCAGAACAGGGAUAUGGGUUAUCUUGAUAGGCACGGAAUGUAAAUUGUG